AUGAUGAUGCUGAAGUAUUCAGAAGCUGCAACAAACUUCAGAGAGCUGGAGGAUCUUGGAUGUACCAUAAUGCGUGAAGUAGAUGCACGUAGUAUGAGCGAGCAUCCUCUUCUUAGUCAGAUCUUGUUCGACCGGAUAGUCUUCAAUUUUCCGGCUACAGCUCUCGAAAGGAGUGAAUCAAAUAUUCGCCAAAUCGAGAAACAUCGAAGGUUGAUGAAGGGCUUCCUAGGGAGUGCCCAUGACAUGUUAGAAGAGAAUGGAGAAAUUCAUGUGACUCACAAGACCACAGAGCCAUACAGUAAGUGGGAGAUUGAGAAAUUAGCAGAGGAUGUUGGGCUGUGCUUGGUUGAGAAAGUUAGGUUCAGAAGAUCUGAAUAUCCAGGAUACAGUAAUAAAAGAGGAUCUGGAGCUAGGGCUGAUGAGACUUUCCCUGCUGGAAACUGUUGCACCUUCAAAUUUGGCAGGACUACCUGA